AUGGAAGACGAGGACGAGAGGAUGAUGAUUUCAUCGGACGAAGCGCAAGAACGCCGGAGAAAAUAUAUCGCCGAUAUCCUCCCUUCGUCCUUAUACCUCCCCUUAUCGGACACGGGUGUGGUGAACUGCGUGUCCGGGGCAACGUCCGGAGCGAUUGCUGCCGUAAUUGUCUGUCCUUUGGACGUUUUGAAAACGAGAUUGCAAGUGUCGACCUUGAGCGACUCGACGUAUAUGAGCACGAUGGAGAGUUUGAAGAAAAUCGCACGAAGCGAAGGGGUGAGAGGUUUGUAUCGAGGACUAGGACCGACGGUGGCGGCGUUGUUACCGAACUGGGGGGUGUAUUUUACCACGUACGGGUAUUUGAAGCACGUGUUUCGAGAGCGGAGGAAGAGGAACGCGGAUUUAAGAAAUAGGCAACAUAGGCGGGAGAGCGGGAGCGAAGCGACGAGUAGUAGCGAGAAUAGCGAUAGAGAGAGCAGCGCAAGCGGUAGUCACCACCACCACCACCAGCAGCAGCACGGGAACGACACGCUCGCGCACAUAGUCUCUGCUGGAGGCGCGGGCGCGGCCACCAUCCUCGCCACCAACCCGCUCUGGGUCGCCAAAACUAGACUCCAAGUGCAAUACUCCGAAACGCUCUCCUCCUCUUUAGUCGGCCACGCGAGAGCGCCGUACAAAGGUACCCUCGACGCGUUACGAAGAAUCGCGAGAUGCGAAGGGAUCCCAGGCCUUUACUCCGGCCUCGCCCCAUCCCUCAUGGGCAUCUCCCACGUCGCCAUCCAGUUCCCAAUCUACGAGCGUUUAAAACACGAGUUGGCGCAAUUCCGCACCCUCCGCUCCGCGGACGAGCUCACCGCGGCGGAUUUAGCGCUCUCCUCUGGCGUCGCCAAAAUCAUCGCCAGCACGCUCACGUACCCGCACGAAGUCCUCCGAUCGCACAUGCACGUCAAAGGCUACGGCCCUUUCUCCGGUGCUCUCACCUUAGCCGCGGACAUUUACCGAGAAGGCGGCGCCAAGGCGUUUUACCGAGGCGUCGGGACGAACUUGCUGAGAACCACCCCGGCGGCUGCCAUCACCUUCACCAGCUUCGAGUUGAUCAGUCGAGAGUUGAACGCAGUCGCGAAGAUCAUGGGUGAUUCUUCUUCUUCUCGCGAUGAUGAUGAUCGAUGA